AUGAAGGAAGCGAGCAAUUUGAGCGAGAAGACGAAGGAAUUGAAUCGACAACUAUUCAAGAUAUUAAUUCUACAGACAUUAAUUCCUCUGUCGACAUUACUAAUACCUGCUGGUGUCAUUUUUGUUUUGCCGAUCUUCUCGAUCGGAAUCGGCGAAUACGCGAAUGUCCCAUCGAUCGGCGCCGCCAUUUAUCCAGCCAUUGACGCAAUGAUUCCGAUUGCCAUGAUUCGCGACUAUCGUCAAGCUGUUCUCUGUAACAGGUCAACUCGUGGCGGCCGGGUUUCGCAUAAUAAGUCCACCACAAUUCUCAAUCAGUUCGCGUCAUCUGUGAAUUAG